AUGUCCUCAACGGUGACGGUUUUAGAGCCCACCUUGCUGUUGGACGCCUCUACAGCCAGUUUCCAAUUACCAAAGAUAUCAGAUCCGCGGCGACAUGUCCUGAUUCCAGACUUGUUUUCCUCAAUAAUGGCUGCUGAACCAGCUAUUAACCCUCACUAUCAAGAUGGCAAGGCUGAAGCAGAUGAAUGGUUCAAAAAAUUGCUACGAUUGACAGGCAAAGAAGAGAUGAAGUUCAAUAAGACUGAUUUCGGAUUCGCGACCGCCAUUUGGGCGCCUUCAGCUGAGAGGGACAGAUUUCGCACAGCGGUUGACUGGUCAAAUUGGGUGUUUUAUUUUGACGAUCAGUUUGAUGAAGGGCAUUUAGCAAACCAUCCAGUCAAAGCACAAGAAGAAAUUGACAGGAAACAAACCUCUCCAAUAUGCGUUCCAGACCAUUUGGGAUCGAAUAAAGACUAUUCUCAUUUGAAAUAUCUUGAGAGUCUGAUCUAUCAAUCUAAGCUCUCAAAAGGCAGCCCAGUUCCCGCUUUAACUGUGGACGAAUAUAUGAAUAACCGAAGAAGAACGAGUAGAGUUGUAUUGGCUAUACGACUAGUAGAGUACGCCGAAGACAUCAGGCUCUCUCACAUACAGAUAGACCACCCUUCUCUUCAAGUUUCAAAUGAUAUUUUGUCAUACAAAAAAGAAGUAGAGUUAGACGACGCUAGAAAUAACCUGAUUACAAUACUCAAGUCACAGCUUCUCUCCGACCAAGAAGCCAUGAACAAGAUAGGCAAAAUGCUCGAUGAUUGCUACAAGUCUUGGCAUAGCGCCGUAGAUGAGCUACCAACUUGGGGAGAAGAGAUUGACAGAGAUGUGCUUAAAUACCUAGAAGCCUGUCACAACGUGGGCCUUGGCAAUCUUCACUGGAGGUGA